AACGCGUCACGCGCCCUGCCAACCGGAAGUGUCGAAAGGCGAUUGUUGUUUAGGAACGGCGAAGGCGACGUUUUAAAUGUGCAUUGCGUUCUCGACACCGUUUGGAGCUCGUCAUAGCGGUUCGCGGGACGUCCGUACAACACAGAAAUUCUCCGCUGAAUCAUGGCUGCGCUUUUUUAACCGUUUUCUCCCCUUCUGUGGCUCUUUCUUUAGCGCGAGCGUAGAGUUUCCUGGGGUUGCUUGCUAGCUAAGCUAAGCUAAUCGAAUGUAAACAACCAGAGGAUCAGCUGUGCGUUCGGAGAAAAGAAGGCGAACCAGAAAAGUGCUCCGGUGACAGCGAGUGAUCCGAUUUAUUACAUUAGUUUCGCGUGAAAAUCUCGAGUUGCCAUUGUUAUUGAGUGAAGAUAUAAGGGUGUAAUAUAGACGAGGACAGACACCUCCCUCUCUUUGCUCCUAGCUGCAGUAGUUCUGGGUGAUAGUGUGAGGCAACUUCUGCACUUAGUUGUGGGUUAUUUAUAGCUUGUGUUUCGAUGAAAAACAUUCAAAAGACUUUUGUGAAACACUUAGAGCAUCUCUGUCACGUCAAAGAAUGAACUAAAUACAUGAAGAGGUUUUGAGAGUUUGAGCUACAAGGACGUAUUUGUUGGGGUGUUGAGUUUAAAGCUGUUGAAUUUUGGAGAAGCACAUCUGUCAUGGCCCAUCAGCAGAUGCCCAGCUCCCAGAAGGCCCUAAUGCUAGAGCUUAAGUCUCUGCAGGAGGAACCUGUCGAGGGCUUUCGCAUAACACUGGUGGCAGAAUCAGACCUGUACAACUGGGAGGUUGCCAUAUUCGGACCACCAAACACGCUUUACGAAGGGGGAUACUUCAAGGCUCAUAUAAAGUUCCCUAUCGACUAUCCGUACUCGCCACCAACCUUCCGCUUCCUAACCAAGAUGUGGCAUCCAAACAUAUACGAGAACGGUGACGUGUGCAUUUCCAUCUUGCAUCCUCCUGUGGACGACCCUCAGAGUGGAGAGUUACCCUCAGAGAGGUGGAACCCUACACAGAAUGUCAGAACUAUCCUGCUGAGUGUGAUCUCGCUGCUGAAUGAGCCCAACACGUUUUCCCCAGCUAACGUGGAUGCUUCGGUCAUGUUCCGUAAAUGGAGAGACAGCAAGGGAAAGGACAAGGAGUACGCUGAGAUCAUCCGGAAGCAGGUGCUGUCCACAAAGGCAGAUGCAGAGCGGGACGGCGUGAAGGUGCCCACAACGCUGGCCGAAUAUUGCAUCCAGACCAAAGUGCCUUCCCACAACAGCAGCUCUGACUUGCUCUACGACGACCUGUAUGACGACGACAUCGAAGAAGACGACGACGACGACGACGAAGCAGAGGCCGGCGGGCCGGCCGGGGACAUGAGCGCAGACUGCUACGGCGACGAAGAGGACUCAGGGAACGAGGAGUCUUGAUGGCGUGACGCCGACCUCCUCCUUCCAUCGAAACCCCGCCCCAUUCCACCGUCCUCCACUAUGUGUCCGUUUACGCUGCUGAUCUUUUACAGUUCGUCUGAAACCUCAUUUCUCCCUCUUGCACACUUGUUGUGUGAGGAAUAACCCUGCACUGGGUUUUAAAGCCCUCGUAACGAGCCCUGGCAGAGCCUUUCAUGCAAGAACAACACUCGAACACCACUUUCAUCACUCUCUUUAAGUUAAAAAAAAAAAAAAGAAAAAUGUUUUUAAGGUAGAUCUCUUUGUUUGGAGUUUAAACAAUGUCCGAUCGAGAACUUAAAAGAACGGUAAUAAAAAUUACAUUUCCUUUUUUUUCCCGCAAAUGUAGUUGAUCAGUUUGGUGAAUUGGUUUGGAUCAGUGUCGUUAGACUAUUUUAUAGCACAAAGUAACGGCACACAGUUUUGCAGAUUAGACUCAGUUUGACGUUCUCUAAUCUGUAAACAUAAAAAAAAAUCCCAUUGUAGAUGAACAUCUGUAGAUGUUCAUCAGAAAACCAGAAUUUGUUCUGAACAAAAACAUUGGAUCUUCUAUACAGAAUACAGUUCCACUGAAUUAUUAUUAUUAUUAUUAUUAUGAUGCAUCUUAAAGAUUUUUUCCGAAGCAACUACGUAAAAAUUUGCAUGUGCAUUUAUGAAUUAGAUCAUCGACUAAAAAAACUAGAGAAGCAAACAUCAGAUACGAAACAGUCCUGUCUGAUCCACCACAUUUCAGGUAAACGUUCAUUCUGAUGAAUUCUUUCUUUAAACAUUCUUUUUUUUAAGCAUCCAUCCUCCUCAGCCUGCCUCGAUACCUCAGGGCUUUUGGAUAUUCGCGUCUCCCAGUCCAGACAUUUCAAGCGUGUCUCAGUUAAAAAUUCCACAGCAUUCUCUCAAAAAUCCAAACACACACUUACUUUUUUUUUUCCACCUUUCCCUUUAUUGUUCCUGAAAUGUCUUUUAUCUAAUCCCUCCUCUGUUUUUUUUUUUUUUUUUCUCAUCCCGAGUGCUCGAUUGUCACUCGAAUCACCUGCUGUUGUACCGGUAAGUAUUCGAGACAGAUGGAGGAAAAUGGCGAUUAAAAAGGGUUUUGUUGCAUGCGAACUACAACCUUUUUUUUUUUUUUUUCUUUUUCUUUUUCUCAGUCUUUCGAGCCAUGCAAUUCUAGUGUCAAAGGUGGUAAUGAAGUUGCUUUCAGGUGCUACUGCAGUAUAAACGCAAAAGAAUGGCAGCAUCAGCACAGACGCCGGCAUCUCCGCUAGAGACGGAUCCGAACGUCGCCAACAAGAUGCUUGGUUUGCAGACGUAUUACGGUCAAGAUGCUGUUAAGUGAAUACAUCCAAAUUUUGGCCCUUUUUUAAAAAGGAAAAAAAAAAAACAACAAAAUACAAGAUUGUAGCUGGUGAUGAUUUAACUGUGCACAAAUUCAAAGUAUAUAUGCAUUUAGUUGCACCGUGGAUUGGUUGCACCUAACCAUCGCUAUGUUUUAUUUUCUCUCGCUUUUGAUUUUGUAACAGAACCCAAACUGACUUUGUUCCAGUAGUUUGACUAUGAACUUGAUUUUACCAGCUGUUCAGGUCUGAGGUUGGAGAUUACAGACUGCCAAGGAAGCCUUGAUGAGCCUCCUUCAAUCCAGGCCUAAACUUUUGCUUUUUUUCCCCCCCAUGAGCAUGCAUGUGUGUUUGUUUAAACGUGUCUUUAUGAAUUUAGGCACAAACCAUGAGCUCACUGACAGCCUGGGACGUGGAAUUUAACGCACAGGGGGUCUCAGGUACACCCCUGCUGAAUCCCAGCAAAUUAGCCAAGGACGCUGAUGAUGUUCCUGUUCAUAGGACACGUGUACAUCUGAAAAGUGGGACAACACUCAGCACUCUGAAUUUAAUAGCUGGAGCUAACGGGCAACUUUUCAGCCUCUUUAUUGCUCAUGGAAUAAUGCGGCGUGAAAAAAAGUUUCCGUUCACAACGGGAUAUCGGGAGACGUGAUAUUUACUUACGGUGAAUCGUCUAAAUGACUCCUCAUCCCUUCAAAAGAAAAAAAAACAGAACUAAACAAAAAAAUGGUGACUGAUCAGCCAUGGAUUGUCUAUUAUACGUGUCAUGGAUGUGUUUACGGAAACGAUCACCACUGUUACGGAUCUCUCGUCACACGACACAGACACGAACUUGCAAUCCUUUACCAUGCCUUAUUAAGGAUGCGAAAUGAUUUCAUCAUGGUUUGCUUUUGGUUCUUUUUGUUUCUCUUAUUGUAGUGUUGUAACAAACCGAACCACAUUAAACAAUUAUUCACUUAAGAAAAAUAAA